CCAAUGCCGUUGCCAUUUGCCACCCACACUCUAUGUGCCUAUAUGGUCCAUGCACAUGCUCAACGAUCGACGUCUCGGGUCCCUGCCGCUUGUGCACCACGCGAUGCAGCCAAAGAAGAUGACGCCGACGCGCUGCUUUCUCGUGGUUGUCCGGACUCUCGUCGUCUCCGCCGUGCUCGCGUGCUCCGGUGCUGCCGCCGCCGCGGCUGAGUAUGUCCGGCCUCCUCCCGGGCGGAUCAUCCUUACGGAGCACACCGAGCCCGCCUCCCAUCCUCAACAGGUCCACGUAUCGGUUGUCGGGGUUAAGCACAUGAGGGUGUCAUGGGUCACCGACGACAAGCACGUGCAGUCCGUGGUGGAGUACGGUAAGGUCUCCGGGAACUACACCAUGUCGACCACCGGCGACCACACCUCGUACCGCUACUUCCUCUACUCCUCCGGCAAGAUCCACCACGUCAAGAUCGGCCCGCUGGACCCCGGCACGGUGUACUACUACCGGUGCGGCAUGGACGGAGAAGAGUUCAGCCUCAGGACCCCACCGGCCGCUCUGCCCAUCGAGCUCGCCAUCGCAGGGGAUCUGGGGCAGACCGAAUGGACGGCGUCGACCCUGGCGCACGUCAGCAAGUCGGACUACGACGUGCUGCUGGUGCCCGGCGACCUGUCGUACGCCGACACGCAGCAGACGCUGUGGGACUCGUUCGGCCGGUUCGCGCAGCGGCAUGCGAGCCGGCGGCCGUGGAUGGUCACCCAGGGCAACCACGAGGUGGAGGCGGGCCCUAUGCCGCUGCUCCCGUGCUCGCCGCGCCCGUUCGCCGCCUACGGCGCGCGGUGGCGGAUGCCGUACGAGGAGAGCGGGUCGGCGUCCAAUCUCUACUACUCCUUCGACGCGGCCGGCGGCGCCGUCCACGUCGUGAUGCUGGGGUCGUACGCCUACUUCAACGCGAGCUCGGACCAGUACAUGUGGCUGGCGCGGGACCUCGCGGGCGUCGACCGGCGCGCGACGCCCUGGCUCGUGGUGCUGCUGCACGCACCCUGGUACAACACGAACGCGGCGCACCAGGGCGAGGGCGAGGCCAUGAGGAAGGCCAUGGAGCGGCUGCUCUACGAGGCCCGCGUCGACGUCGUCUUCGCCGGCCAUGUCCAUGCCUACGAACGCUUCACAAGGGUCUAUAACAACGAGGCAAACCCGUGCGGACCAGUGUACAUCACCAUAGGCGACGGCGGCAACAGAGAAGGCCUUGCCUUCGACUUUGAGAAGAACCAUAGGCUGGCGCCGUUGUCGGUGACGAGGGAGGCGAGCUUCGGGCACGGGCGGCUGAGUGUGGUGAACGCGACCAUGGCGCACUGGGCGUGGCACCGCAACGACGACGCGGACUCUGUCGUCCGCGACGAGCUCUGGCUGGAGAGCCUGGUCUCCAACGCCGCGUGCCGGCAGCACGGCGACCCCGGCGCCAUUGAUUCCCGGAACGAUGAGCUGUAGACCUGUAGCGUUACAGGUCUCUGAUUUUGUGACCAGAUUUGUAUAUCCGAGGCGCUUUGGAGCACUUUCGCAUGUAUUUGCUUCAUUGCCACGGUAAAAAGGUCUUUCAAGGAAGCUUUUCGGGACAUUACUCGAGACUUGAGAGGCCAAGACCAAAAUAUGUAUUUGGCAGAAUAAAGCUAACAUACAUUGAG